AGCGCGAAUCUAUGAUCCAUGCCCAAAAAUUUACCGUAUUCCGACUUUUAGCAAGAAGGUCAAACUAGCCAACGUCCUUCAUAUCGCCCAUAAUGUUUCUUCUUCGCCGUACUGCCGUCCGCGCCAUCACUGCGUCGCCUUCCAAGGCUUUCCUUGCGAAGCCCCGAUCCAUCAACACCGCCACACCCUCUGCCUUCCGUCUAAGACAACAGCAAUGGUCAAUAUCAUCUUUCCAGAGACGAUUCGCUAGCGAUGAAGCUGCAAAGACAGAGCAGGCUGAGGUUGCCGCCGCCGACACCCCAGAGAACUUUGCGCAGACAGCCGCUGAGGCACCCGUCGAGGAGAACUUGACACCGGCUCAGCAAGAAGUGCAAGCCGAGCCCACCGACGCCUCUGCUACCGUUGGUGCCGACGCGCUAGAUGCUGCCGUUGAACACGCAGACAAAGGCAGGACGUUUAAGAAGUCACGGACUACACCCCCCAACAACAUGCUAUACAUUGGCAACCUGUACUACGAAGUCACUGCAGAGCAACUGAAGCGCGUCUUUUCCAAGUUUGGCGAUGUUGAGAGCACCAGGAUUGUCUACGACAACCGAGGCCUAAGCAGAGGCUUCGGAUAUGUCGAAUUCAAGAACGUCUCGGAUGCGCAAGCUGCCCUUGACAACCUCGACAUGCAGGUCUUCGAAGGCCGCAACCUGGUCGUCCAGUUCCACCAAGCCAAGCCCAACUCCAGGACCCGCAACACGAGCACAAACAAAUUCGAGGCCAACCCUCCUUCCAAGACACUGUUCAUUGGCAACAUGUCUUUCGAGAUGUCAGACAAGGACCUCAACGACCUCUUCCGCGAUGUUCGCAACGUCAUGGAUGUCCGUGUGGCCAUUGACAGGAGGACCGGCCAGCCCAGAGGCUUUGCUCACGCAGACUUCAUCGAUGUUGCUAGCGCCACCAAGGCCAGGGAGGUUCUGAAGGAGAAGACCAUCUACGGCAGGCAACUCCGCGUCGACUUCAGCAAAUCUGGCACGGAACAACAGCGCAGCAAGCGUUCCGACUCUACCCAGGAGUAAGGGACGACGAUAAAAAGAGGCCCAGAACUGUGAGAACAUGCAAGGAGAAGGUCGCCUACCCCGUUUCUACAACGAUGCAUGUACGGCGGAAAUGAUUGGCAUUUCUGCACGAUUGCACGACCGGGACAUGUAGCCCAUUGGCUGCAUAAUGUGUUGAUAGACAUGACUUUUGUAUCAUAGUGGAUGAGCGUCUGGCGUUGUUAUAUUCCCAUCUCUCUUUGUGCAUGGUAGGGGAUCAAGGUUUACAAGAGGCAUGCUGACCUAACAAAACUUUGCCAAUGUACACUAUCGGUCCAUGUUGUGAAGAAACUUGGUAUGGCGA